GGGGGGGGCGGAGGCGAGGCGAGUUGGGGCCUCCAGGAUCCGCGGCCGGAAGUGGGCCGUGCGGCCCCUGCUGGCAGCGCCCGCGCCCGGUGUGGAGGCGGCGGGAUGGGCCCCGAGAGGAUCAUCCCCACCCCGAGCGAGGAGGAGCUGGAGCGGCCGCAGGGCUCCCCGGAGGGCCCGGGCGACUGGAGCAACGACGAGGAGCCCGACGAGGAGCCCGAGGGGGAGCAGGGCGGCCCCGCCGGCUACUCCUACCAGCCCCUCACCCAGGACGCCGAGCAGGAGGAGCCGCCGCAGCCCGCCGCCGACAUCCACCACCGCAUCCAGGCCAUGGGGCUGCACCUGCCGGACCCGCCGGCCCAGAGCGAUGAGGAGGAAGAAGAGGAGGGGGCUCCCGCCCUGAGCAGCCACGCCUCCAUCCCUAUGGACCCAGAGCACGUGGAGCUGGUGAAGCGGACGAUGGCGGGCGUGAGCCUGCCGGCGCCCGGCGUGCCCGCCUGGGCCCGGGAGCUCUCGGACGCGCAGUGGGAAGCCGUGGUGCAGAGGACGCUGCAGGCCCGCCAGGCCCCCGCCGCCUGGAAGUGACCGGACGGAACCCCCCGGGACUCACCCCCUCCCUCCUCUCCCCACUCCCACCCCCUCUCCUCUCUUCCCCUUCCUGGAGCAAGGCGGACUCAGGACUCCUCUCCAGAGCGAUCCACUUUAUUCCGUUCUGUACACAGAGAGACAUCUGCCUGGGCCUGGCCCCUCACAGCAUGUGACGCCCCACAGAGAAUAAAGUCCCCUCUGUCCACGGC